AUGAAAACUCCAGAAAUACCAUAUGAAUUCUUUACAGAAGAAUAAAAACAAUAUUUAGAUAAACUUGUAAAAUUUUCAGGUCGAACUUAACGUACUAGAUUAGUUUCAAGCUAAGCCAUACCAAGUAAAAAAUAUGUACUUAUAUAUCACAUUAUUAUUUAGUAAUUCCUCAAAAAUAAUUUUAUUCUGAUGACAGUUGAUGAAUAAUAUGAUUUUAAUUAAGCAGAUAAAGUACUAUCAGAAUAGACUACUAUUGGUGCAUUAUUUGGGUUUGGUUUAUCAACUCUUUCAAUGCUUUACUUUAUUAAUUCUAGACCAUUACAUAAGAAACUUUAUGGAGAAAUGUUCACAAGUGGUAUCUUAGGUUUGAUGCUUGGCUUAUCAUACUAUUAAUAUCAUAAUUAUCAAUAUAGAGAGAAAAUUCAUUAGAUGUAUGUUAAAUUAUUGGCCACAAAAAAAUUAGGGAGAAUCUGAG